UCUAUUUCUCCAUGGAGGAGUGGAAGUAUUUAGAAGAACACAAGGAUCUGUACAAGAACCUCCUGAUGGAGAAUCACCAGUCCCUCACAUCACUGGGAGGAUCCAGCCAGAGAAAUCCACAAGAGAGAGGUCCAAGUUCUCCAGAUCAACAUCACAAUAUACAUCAGCGUGACCAGGGUGAAAAUCUGCUUGACCUGCUUGAUAUUAAAGUUGAAGUUGUAGAUGAUAAUGAAGAGAUGGGGGCUGGUCAGAAGGAUGGAUCCAGUAAGAGAAAUCUGCCAGAGAGAUGUCCCAGUCCACUGGAUUUCCAGGACUGUCCAACUGAAAAUAGCAAUGUCCCACAAGGUCAUCAGACCUUUAAUAUCUACUCAACUCAGAAAGAGGAUCUGAUUAACAUUAAAGUAGAAGCUAAAGCAGAAGAACGGGCAAAUGUGAAGGAGUAUCAACGGUGUAAAGAGGCGGAAAUAACAGUAGACAUAGACAAUAAUCCCAGAAGAAACUUGCAUGGAAACGUCCUUGUAUCACCAAAUUAUAAAGUAGGAGAUAAAGAUACAAUGCAGCAUUUUUCAGAAGAAAGCCUCAUGAUCCCUAAUGAACGUCCAGGACUGGACAGUACAGAUCUUCUCGCUAAUCACCGUAAUCAUGAGGAACCAUUUUCAGAUCAAUCACAGAUGGCUGUACAAAGUAAAGACCAUAGAGGGGGCAAAAUAUUUCAAUGUGGGGAAUGUGGGAAACAGUUUGCAAAAAAAUCAAAUCUUACUGUACACAAUAGAAUUCACACAGGGGAGAAGCCAUACUCCUGUUCAGAAUGUGGGAAAUGUUUUACUUGUAAAGCAAGCCUCGAUCAACAUGAAAGGACUCAUACAGGGGAGAAGCCAUUUUCAUGUUCAGAAUGUGGAAAAAGUUUUACUCGGAAAUCGUUUCUUUCUAGACACAAAACACUUCACACUGGGGAGAACCCAUUUGCACUAAUAUGUUCUGAAUGUGGGAAAUGUUUUACCAAGAAAUCAGGUCUUGUUGAACAUCAGCGCAUUCACACCGGAGAGAGACCAUUCGCUUGUUCUGAAUGUUGGAAGUGUUUUAUUACUAAAGCCAGACUCAGGGAUCACCAGAAAAUACACACAGGGGAGAAGCCGUUUGCAUGUUCUCAAUGUGGAAAAGGUUUUAUCCAGAAAGCAGUCCUACUUGAACAUCAGAGAAUUCAUUCAGGGGAGAAGCCAUAUUCAUGUUCAGAAUGUGGGAAAUGUUUUACUCAGAAAUCAAAUCUUCGUAAACAUCAAAGGUUUCAUACAGGGGAAAAACCAUAUCCUUGUUCGGAAUGUGGAAAACGUUUUACUCAGAAAUCGGAUCUUGAUGAACAUCAGAGAAUUCACACAGAAGAGAAGCCAUUUUCAUGCUUUGAAUGUGGGAAAUGUUUUAUUACUAAAGUUAAACUUGGAAUUCAUCAGAGAACUCACACAGGGGAGAAACCAUUUACAUGCUCUCAAUGUGGGAAAUGUUUUACCAGAAAAUCAAAUCUUGCUUAUCAUCAGAGAAGUCACACAAGGGAGAAGCUGAAUUCAUGAUCAGAAAUGCUCUAAAAUAUGAGUCUCCCAAGAAACACACAAAACCAGAAAAACCUAAGGCCAACAUGAAAGCAUGUUCAUUUCUAAGUCCACUAACUAAAGCUGGGAAGACGUCAGAGGCAAUGUUGAGUGAGCAGGCCUGCUGGCUUUGUUUUACAGGCCUUGCUUCUUAAGAACUUGUACAAACAGAACAUUUUCUGAUUGACCUACAUGGAAUUGUUAAACAAAAUAGACAAUCGGAAAUCUCCUAUCAAUCAUGUGGCACAAAAAACUAUACUGCUGUAUGUCACUGCAGGGUCAUUUUAGCAUGGAGAUGGACUUGUGUACAUAACUAAUUUAGUUUGCCUGUAAUCUUAAUAACUUGUCUGUUCUUGCUGUCGUGAUAUCACAAAUAGCAGACAUUACCUCCUCCCAUACAGAGUUUAUAU